AAUUUCGUUACUUUAUAUACAUAUAUAUUGUGUUUAAAAGGUCAUUCCAUCAGGCAUGUAACAAAAGGAGGUGCUGCAGAUCAAGCAAGUUUAAGAGCUGGUGAUCGACUAAUUGCUGUUGGAAAAACCAAUGUGGAAAAAGAAAAGCAUGCUCAAGUCGUAUAUUUAAUCAAACAAGCAGGACGGGAAGUGACAUUGCUUGUUAUUGAUGAGGAAGGUUACAAAGAAUUGAAAGCAAAAAAAGUCCCUAUUACUGAAAAUUUGGCAAAAAGUGGAUCGGUUAAACCAAAACAAUCAACAAUAGAACCAUCGGCAUCAAAGACAAAGCAAUCUGAGAUGAAACCAAGGUUGUGUCACGUUGUUCGCCGAGAUGGUGGAUUUGGGUUUUUCUUGAAAGAUGACAAAGGUCACUAUUUGAUCAAUCUGGAGAAAAAUGGACCUGCAUUCCGCGCUGGUGCUUUGAAUAAUGACCGUAUUGUAGAAGUCAACGGAGUCAACGUUGAAAACGAACCCCACAGUGUGGUCGUCAAAAUGAUACAUCCAAGCAAUGAAGUUACAUUUCUCGUGGUCGGAAAGUUAGAAGACAAAUAUUUUCGUGAUAAUGGGAUCGCAAUUACUUCUGAUCUUUUGAAUACACCAGAUGAAAAUCAGAAACAUAUGCCAACUGAUCAAGAAGAAAGUCAGUCACAGUCACGCACAGUUGAAUUUCAAGAGACUACAACAGAAGGAAAACCUACAUGUGUUAUAUGCUUGACCAACGCAGUCAAUGUAUAUUUUCGGCCCUGUGGGCAUGUAUGCUGUUGCCGGGAUUGCCACGGUCAAUUGACAACUUGUCCGAUGUGCAGAAAGCCAAUUGUUGAAAAAUUAUUUGCCUUUUUAUAAAUAAAAUUCUUGUUUCUAUAUUCUAAAUAUAUUAACAUAUAUGCAAGUUUCUUUUGUAUAGAUAUUCUUAUGUAUAUAUCAUAUACUUUUAAUUCUGCUACGUUGUGUACUAAUAUUAUAUCUGGCUACUUCUAAUAGCACUGACAGACUGAUUUACGAUUCAGUAUGUUGUAUUGCAGAAACUUGUAUUCAUUAUUCAAAACAUUACACACAGAUUAUAUUGGAUACAGAAGCACAGACGACGCUAGCUGAACUGUCAACUGUAGGAUGACUUUUGACCCUAAGUGAUAGUUGCCAUACAUUAUUCUUCCAGUAGAAACAUAUACACUUGCACUGAAAUAAAAAGAACACAAAACAACGAAACUUGCAUGCACAAUGCUAUUAAAGAUUAAGCCUAUUUGGAGGAUGUAUAAUCCGACCACUCCUAGUAACAUAGUAUCUGUCAUCUCUCUGAUUGUUUCGGAAUGUAGCAUUGUGGUUAUCUGUUGCUCUGUGCCUAUUAUUAGGAGGUGGGCUGUGGGUACGUCCAUUAUCAGAAUCAACAUGGGGAUCAUAAUCUGAAUCAUAAUGAUGAGCAUUUUUAUUGGCAAUGUUUGUAGUUUGUCAAAGAUGCUUUCUAUUUCUUCUGUAUUUUCUUCCAUUUGAUUGAACAAUAUAUGAUCUUGGGUUUUGAUGAUGAUCAAUUAUAACAGCAGGUUUCCAUUGUUUAUAACCAGGUAA